AUGCCAAGCCCGGAGAGCUUUACGCAGGCGCUGCAGCUCACCCACAGCUUUGACAUGAGUGUUUCUUACAAUGCACGGCUCGAGGCGGAGCGCUACCUGAUGGAGCUGCGCGAAAGCGCGGAAGGGCUGAAGUUGAGCUUUCAUAUCAUCAGCAACGAGGCGGCGGACGAGCUGCGGUGCUUCUGGGCUUUCAACACAGUCAUUCAUCACCUCCCAAUGCUGGCAGCCACGGUUGACGCUGUGCAAGCGCAGGAGUUGUACCGUACACUCUUGUUGUUUAUCCACCGUUACCUCUUCGAGCCCCGAACAGUGGCGCCGGUGGACUACGUUAUCAACAAGCACGCCCAGAUGAUGGUGGUGGGGCUGCAGAUGUUCUACCCAGCGCGCUGGCAGUCACUUUUCGAUGAUCUGUUUGAAAUGCUCAGCCGCAGCCCGCCGAGCCCCUAUCCCCCCACUGCUGAUCUGGUCACCGUGUACGUGUUGCGCAUCUUCGAGUACAUCGACGAGCGUGUCGUGUGCGCACGGGAUCGACAGGAGCGCGACAAGCAGCAGCAGGCUCGCAACAUGGAGUUGAAGGACGCGAUGCGAGAGAGAGUCAUUCCGCAAGCAGUGGCUAUGUGGUACAACAUACUCCUUAGCGAUGCCCGUGUGCGCAACCCCAACAUGGCGAAGCUGUGCAUGACCGUAAUCCACACGUACAUUGAGUGGGUUGAUGUGGGCCUCUUCCUGACGGCGAACUGGAUCAAUCUUCUCCACUUCCUCCUCGCUGCGCCGCCCUUGCAGGUGGCGGCCUGCGAGUGCCUCUUAGCGCUGGUGGAGAAGAAGCAACUCCCUGGCAUGAAGAUGGAGUCCCUCAGGACCCUAAGCGUAGUAGACUCGCUGCCGCGCAUGGUGUCGCUGUUCGAGCUGCCGCCACCCUCGGAGGCGGCGGUACUUUUCAUCGAAGCGGUGGCCAAGUUCGCCGUGGCCGUAGCCGGUCAGUUUCUUGCCCUUCUGGAAUCUUCCUCGUCGCUCGCACAGCAGCAGCCGGCCACCCACUCGGCUGCCGUGGUUGAGGUGAAUGGUAUGGUGCUACAGGACCAACCCUUCACCGUCACGACAGACCUCCUCGACGGGCUCGCCGGUGCGUUGCAUACCGUUGUUGCGCAGGUGAUUCGAGUUCUCCAGCUGAACCUCUUUGACGUGCGCGACGCGCUGUUGCCCUUCCUGCAGGUCUACCUCAAGAGUACGUACCUGCUAGAGUCCGAGGCAGUCGAGCUCCUCGCGACGCUUUUUCACCAAACGAGAAUUCCCGGCGUGGUCUACCACGAGGACCGUGUCUGGGAGGACUCGGUGAUUGAUCAGCGGAGGGCGCUGCAUAACUUGCUGAGGCUGCUGCACCGCCGUCACCCUGGCAUAGUCAUGCCACACCUUCACAGUGUCUUCUUCACCGGGCUCAAUCGGCUGAACGAGGGUGGCAGUGUAGUGAAGACGUCUGCGUUGAAGGAUGACGCGGACUUCACAGACCCUGAGGUGCUGGAGGCGGCGCUGCGGUACCUCUACGAGAUUGGUGAGUCCCUCCAUCUUGAUAGCCUCAAAGACCCGAACGAUACCGUCACACAACUACUACAGCGUCUCCUGAUGACGGAGGCAGUGGCCAGUGGUGAGGCCACGUGUGUACACUUGGCCUUCUUCGAAGUGCUGAGUCGCUACUACCUCUUCUUCACGUACCACCCGCAGUUUAUUCCGCUGUUGCUCCAGCGGCUGCUCCUGCAGCCGUGCGGCGUAGUGAAUCGCAGCGACCCCGUACGAGCUCGUAUCUGCUACUUAUUUGGCUACCUUGUGCAGGUGCUCAAGGGCCAACUUGUCACCUACGCGGCAGACAUGGUCAACGCAUUGCACAGUAUCGUCACGACCGCGCCGCAGCUGCAGCCCAGCGAUCGCCGCGAGCUCUACGAGGCAACAGGAAUCCUUCUCAGCAUCUGUAGUGAGGAGGCGAGGACCGCUCCUGACAACAGCUCACCGGAGGCGCUGCGACUGCUCGCUGCCUCCGCCACUCUGGACAGCUACGGUGCUACUGUGCUCUCCACUGCCGUGCUCACAGAGGUGGCGACGCUGCUGGGUCGCAAAGCAGAGCUUGUGCGCAUCGUCGUGGGCUCAGCGCUGCACUCCCUCCAGCAGGCCAGCGUCUCCUGUCCUGCUAUGAACGGCAACGCGACCGGCUCUAGCAAUCUUGCUGCUACUGGGAGUGUCGGGGUAGCAGACCAUACCGUGGCGGAUGUCAUCUCCUUCCUGAGUGCUCUAGCGAAGGGGCUUGGUAACACGGAGAGCAGCACCGGCGCAGAGCUGGUAUCGGAGAGUGGCGUGAACAGCUCAUCGGCGUCGUCUCCGAAUGGCUCCGUGGGUGAGCAGUUGCCCAUGUGCAGCACCCCCAACACGUCCAGCUUGGCUGUCGGUGGGCCUCUCACCGCGUGUGGUACGUCGUCAGAUGCCCCGCUCAGCACCUUGCCAGCGAUGUCAAGAACAAACGUGCUUGUUGCGCAGGUGUUUCUGCAUGUGACGCAGCGGGUGAUGGAGGUCUUGAACCAUCUGGCGGGCAGCUCCACGGUGCGCGAGAGUGUAGGGCAGCUUUUUCAUCAGCUCAUCAAUACACUACCGUACGAGAUGCUGCGGCCGUACAUUGAGGAGUACGUCGCGGUCUGCCUCAACUGGAUGGAGACCAUACCGGAACUUGCAAAGUUGCUGCGGCUGAUGUUCCAGUACGCGAACAAAGCUGGCAAUCGUGGCGUGCUUUCUGUUGCGCGGCUCACCUCACUGCUGUGGCAGCGCCUCUGCGUUGUUGGUGAGCUGAGCGAGGCGUCUCCGGUGGUAUGUCUGGGUGUGGUGAGCGAGAGUGCACGAGAGCGGGUCAGCCUGUACAAGCAGUUCUUCACUUUUCUCUUCAGUGUCUCCGCAUGGGGCUGCGUUGCAGCCUUUGGGCUCAUGCCAUCUGCAUGCUGGGUAUCAAUUCUGCGGCAGCUGUGCUACGCACUGACGUUGCCAGCCGAACUGGAGCUGCCCAAAGCGGCGCUGCAAGUGCUGGAGAAGCUCACGCAGGAGUUGACAGAUUCCGUUGUCGCUCAGGCAGUGGCCCAGUACAGCAGCGCCGCCGAUGUAGUGGAUGCUGCGACGGCUCAGCGGAAUCAGCAAAUCUUCCGGGAGUGCCUCCUGCAGGAAGCACUGCCGACAGCCUUCAGAGCACUAACCGAUCUUUCCUUCGACCUCGACGACGCCAAAAAUUUUCUGCUGAUGGGUGAGGUGCUACACUUUUUUCGGUUGUUGGUGGCGCGGUAUGGUGACCCGGCGAUGCAGGUGCUGUAUGAACGCGUAGCGCCGUAUGUGGGUGAGGCGACGGCGAUGGAAUGCUGUACCGUUAUACGCGACCAACCUCGUGUUAACGCGGCGCUGAAGGCAAAGAUGAAGCAGCUGCUGAGCCACGUGCAUGCAUCUCGGCGUCAAACUCCAGCACAUCUGCUGGCGUGA